AUGCCUCACCUUCUCCAGGCCCUCCGUCGGUCCAUCAAGGGCGAAAAAGACAACGCCAAGAUCAAUAUUGCCCCCAAGUCCGCUGUCGCUAUCGUCCCCCCCAAGAAGGUCAUUCGAGCCCUCUACGAUUAUGAAGCGCAAUCCAACCAAGAACUGAGCUUCUCCCGAGGCGACUUCUUCCACGUCAUCGGCCGAGAAAACGAUCCCGACUGGUACGAAGCAUGCAACCCUGCAUUGCCCGAUGCCCGUGGCCUUGUGCCUGUCGCCUUCUUCCAGGCUUUGGGUCGAACCGAAAGAGAUAGCGGCCAGUCCGACGGCGGCGCCAUGCCCCGGCCGCCGACCAUGUCUCCCACGAUCUCUAAAAACCCCGACCACGACUCGGGUUACGCCGAGGCGGCGGCCCCGCCUACCGGUGCCGUGCAGUCGCCGCCCCCGACUCAGCGCAUGUCCCGGUCUGGCAGCAGGUCCGGCGCCAUGGUCUAUGGUAUCGUCAUGUACGACUUUGUUGCGGAACGCGCCGACGAGUUGGAGGCCAAGGCCGGCGAAGCCAUCAUCGUCAUUGCCCAGUCCAACCCUGAAUGGUUUGUCGCCAAGCCCAUCGGUAGACUCGGCGGACCUGGUCUUAUUCCCGUGUCCUUCGUUGAGAUUCGCGACAUGGCUACAGACACUGCUGUUGGAGACGCCUCGAAUGCCAUUAAGAAAGCAGGCAUUCCAAAGGUUGAGGAAUGGAAGAAAAUGGCGGCCGAUUACAAGAACAGCAGUAUUACGCUGGGCAAGUUCGACAACGGUGCGGCGCCGCAACAAGGAUCUAUUGAGCAAGGCAUGGAGCGCAUGAGCAUCCAACAAGGUGGCCGCACAAUGCUUGAGGAUGGCCGUCACUGGGAGCUGUCCAGAUACUACGAAGACUUCUAUGACUUCCAAAUUGCCCUGCUCACCGAGUUCCCUGCUGAGGCCGGCAACACCGGGACGCAGAAACGCACUCUCCCUUACAUGCCUGGCCCCGUUAACUACGUUACGGAUGCCAUCACUGAGGGUCGCCUGCACAACUUGGACGCCUACGUUAAGAACCUCCUUGCGCAACCGGCCUACAUCGCUAGAUGCACCCUGGUCAAGCAGUUCUUCGCGCCUAGAGAGGGCGACUACGAGAUCGACCCCAACGCGCCCAAUGACGAAUACAGACUAUCGGGCGGUUCGCAGCCGUCGUCGACCGACUCGCCGGCGGAUGCGGCAUCGCGGCAGUCAUCCAAGAACAACCUGAACGGCAACGGAUACGGCGGUCUCUCUGCUGCACCUCAACAACGGGCCAUGGGUCAACCAAGCAUGAACCGACAACCGUCGUCCCUAUCCCAGUCUCAACCGCCCACUACACCCGGCCUCGGUCCAGGGCAAGUCAUGAAGAUCAAACUCUACUUCAACGGUGAUCUCAUCGCUAUCCGAGUUCCGACAGACAUCCAGUUCCAGCAACUCUACGACAAGAUUGUGGACAGGCUCAAGAUACCAGUUGGCGAAGAAAUCCAGCUCUUCUACAAGGACGAGCCGACCGGCGAUAAGCCUAACUUGAUGAGCGAUAACGAUCUCGACUAUGCCCUGCAAAGAAACGAGAAGCUCCUGCUGUAUGUGGAGCAAGUCUAA